AUGAUCGAAAAAUCAACCGAAAACGAAGCGGACUCCGCAGAGGAGGUCCUCAAGUCCAAAUGCGACGAAAUCCUAAAGGGGCCGGUAACCGCCGAGACAUUUUUAGCCAUCAACUGGGCACUGAGAGGAUUCUGGUCGAAGUAUUUGCCAAACACCUUCUUCUUGGGACCGUCACCUUCCGAAGCUGGUUUGAAAUUGCCGGAGCUUGACAAACUGCUUAUGAAGCCGCUCGCUUACGUUUUGUGCGGGGACCGAGGUGUAAUUUACGAAGCGCUCACUUUAAAAAGCCGUACGUCGACAGCCCACCAAGAACGUCUGUGUGGUCAUCAAUUCAGCAGCGGAGAAGCAACUUACACCUGCAGAGAUUGCGCUUUGGAUCCGACGUGCGUCCUGUGCUAUGAGUGCUUUUCGAACAGCGAACACAAAAACCACAAGUACAGGAUCUCUACGAGCAGCGGUAGCGGAUACUGUGAUUGCGGCGAUAAAGAGGCUUGGAAAGCAGACCCUCUGUGCUCCAUAGCUGCGAAUCGCCAGAACAGGAUGCAAAUGCCAUCGACGACGGGGUGCCUGUCUGAUGCCAUGCUUAUCCGGAUGAAAGUCAUCUUGACGUGCGUUGUGAAAUACUGCGUGGAUCUUCUCAGCUGGCCGAAGCCGUUUACUUUGCCUCCCGAUCUCACUUUCAGGUCAUUAUCGGUUCCAAGGUUACACGAUCAGUAUCAAACGGUGCUGUACAACGACGAAAGCCACUCGUACGACCAGGUGAUCAGGGCUCUUAUGAAAGCGAUCGAUUGCGGUAAAGAACAGGCGAUGAUGCUUGCGACCAAAGUCGAUCUCGAAGGACGAACCAGUGUGUGUUUUGGCACCAAAGCUUACUGCGAGAAAGCGAGGAACAUGAUCGAACAGAAAACGAGGGACAGCGGCUCACCACUCCGUGUUGAGACUCUGCGUGCGCCAGUGUUCGCCAGUCAGCAGUUUGCUCAAGUUAUGAUCGGUUGGUUAAGCUCGGUGUGCAGCGAGUUGCCGUCAUUGGUGCCCGUCGUUUGUGAUAUACUGAUGAAUAAAAUACCGUUCGAGGAACCUUUUAGUGGUGUUUUGCCAGACCAUCUCGUUGUGGCUGAGAAACUGCUGCUUUGGGAUGUAAGAUGGUGGAAAAGUACGGAUAUUGUAUAAUU